UGAAAAGCUACGAGUCACGACUGGACUGUUUCCAAGAGCUCUUCUGAAGUGAGGCAGAUAACUCGUAGUAAUCUCCUUGGAAGAGAGGAAGGGACGGCGGUGGAGGAAAUUGGAGAACUGGUGGAUGUCAACAACCGGUCGUCCACGAACACGCUCAGGGCUAUGAUUCGUUAAUUGCUCGUCUCUGUACCCACACUCUUAGUCUUACUCAUCCUCUUGUUUAGAGUGGAAGGAAGAGAAAAUUCAAAAUGCAGGCGAAGGAUGUGUUUGACAAGCUCAGACGCUUUGAUGCAUACCCUAAGACUCUGGAAGAUUUCCGAGUGAAAACAUACGGCGGCGCAGCGGUGACGGUGGUGAGCGCGGUACUCAUGUGCGUGCUGUUUGUCUCGGAGCUCAACUAUUACCUGACCAAGGAAGUCCACCCGGAGCUGUUUGUUGAUACGUCCCGAGGCCAGAAGCUUCGCAUCAACAUAGACAUUGUGUUCCCCAACAUGGCCUGUGCUUUUCUCAGUCUUGACGCGAUGGACGUGAGCGGCGAGUCCCAGAUCGACGUGGACGGCAACUUGUUCAAGCAGAGACUGGACCUUGGCGGGCGGCCCGUGGACGAGGCACCGGAGAUACACACGGUGGGGAGUGACCCCGGCGAUAAUGCCACGGAGGUAGCCAGCGUCCUUGACCCAGAUCGAUGUGAGAGCUGUUACGGCGCGGAGAACCCCGACAUGAAGUGCUGCAACACAUGUGAGGAAGUGAGGGAGGCGUACCGACGUAAGGGCUGGGCCUUCCAGAACCCAGACUCCAUCGAGCAGUGCAAGCGAGAGGGAUGGGCUCAGAAGAUGGAGGCCGUCAAGAACGAGGGAUGCAAGCUGUUUGGUUAUUUGGAAGUGAAUAAGGUGGCGGGGAAUUUUCACUUGGCACCUGGAAAAAGUUUUCAGCAGAAGCAUGUUCACGUGCACGAUUUACAGUCCCUGGGAGGACAGAAGUUCAACGUGAGCCACCGCAUCAACCACCUGUCGUUCGGCCAGGACUACCCCGGCAUCGUCAACCCUUUGGACAACGUCAAUGAACGAGUCGAGUCAU